AGAAAACAUAAUGUCUCCCACUAACCAAAGUUGGGGGGAAAAAUACCAUUAUCAUUCAAUACAAAUAAUUGCACUGUAUUUUUCAGCUUUUUUUCCCGCCAAGCCGCCAAUCACCUGGUCUGGACCAGCAGACGUCAUUUCCUCAAGCAGUGUUUUUGACAAGUUGACUCUCUGUCACCGGUGAAUAAACCACAGCAUCAUGACACUCGAGGACUUCGAAAAAUCCCUUGCUGAGGACCGGGAGCGACGGCACGAGAGGAGCGAUCGUGAUCGGCAUCGCGACCGGGAUAGAGACCGCAGCAAGGAUCGCUCUUCCAGACAUCACCAUCACUCUUCGCGCCAUCACCGCCGCCAUUCGUCGAGAUCGAGGGACCGAGGAACUGAACGGAGCGAAGCAACCGGACACCGACAUAAGCGGUCACGCCAUUCGGAUCGCAAAGACGACCAUGACCAUGACCAUGACCACAAGCGUCGACAUCGGCGCGAACGUACAAGCAAAGACCAGGAGGAGCCACAAGUGACGAGACAGGUCGUACAGGAGGAGCCGAGUCAGUUGAAGCGAGAUUCAUGGAUGGAGGGUCCAUCGGCGCUGGACAUCGAUUACGUGCACCGACGUCAAUCCACACGUCUCGAGGAGGAACCCAAGCCGACGAUGCUGCAAGCCGAUUUUGAACUGAAGAUCCACCAGCGGGAGCUGAAUGACCACCUACGAGACCUGCGGGAUGGGAAAUCUGCCGAGAACGUGGAAGAUGAGCCGGCGCAACAUGAAGUUGACUAUACGUUUGGCGAUGCGGGCUCUCAAUGGAGAAUGACCAAGCUCAAGGCUGUGUAUCGAGAGGCAGAUGAAAGUGGACGAUCGGUCGAGGAGAUUGCCGUCGAGCGCUUUGGCGAUUUACGUUCUUUUGAUGACGCUCGAGAGGAGGAGGUUGAGCUUGAUCGCCGAGAGAGGUACGGAGAAGACUACGUCGGCAAGGUGAAGCCGUCUGGGGAGCUCUUUCAAGAACGGAAGUUGAAAGAGGGUAUGCGCCGGCAACCAGGCGAGCAUACACGAAGCCCGGAGAAGGAGUUAGAGACGCAAGGGCAGGGCUCCAUCAUGGAGACGGAGGCUCCGCAGAGGACCACGCAGCAUCUUGACCUGACAGCUCUCAACAAAAUGAAGGCAGAGAUGAUGAAGGCGAAGCUGAGGCGCGCCCCGAAUGCUACUGAGCUUGAAGACCGGUACAAUGCUGCGGCUGCCGCCAUGGCCAACCGCAAGGAGUCCGAUGUGGUAGUCCUCGGAGUGAUGGAGAAUCGGAUGCUGUCUGGCAAACGCAAUGAAGUCAAGCCUGUCGAGACUAAGAGAGGUCGGGAACGAGGCCAGGUCGAAGAGAAUGAAGAUAUGAGUAUCGAAGACAUGGUUCGAGAGGAAAGACGGACGCGCGGUCAGAUGGGAGGGGAUGGUCAACGGUUUGCUGAGAGGAUCGCUCGAGAUGCUAAAUUCGAGAAUGAUCUUGAAUACAUGGAUGAUAAUGCAUCCAAACUGGCCCGGCGAGUCCAGCGAUCGGAAGUCAACAUCAAAAACGCCACCAUCAGCGAGUUCCAGAAAAUGAACCGCAUACUCGACAACUGUCCUCUAUGCCACCAUGAAGACACUAACACGCCUCCAAUUGCGCCAGUCGUCUCACUUGCAACUCGGACCUACCUGACUCUACCUACGGAGCCCGAGCUCAGCGAAGGGAGCGCCAGCAUCAUCCCCAUCCAGCAUCGGGCCAAUCUGAUGGAAUGUGACGACGACGAGUGGGAGGAGAUUCGCAACUUCAUGAAAAGUCUUACACGCAUGUACCACGACCAAGGGCGGGAUGUUAUUUUCUACGAAAACGCUGCGCAGCCGCAACGCAAGAAACACGCUUCCAUGGAAGCCGUGCCGCUUCCGUACAGUCUUGGGGAGACAUCUCCCGCGUUCUUUAAGGAGGCAAUCCUGGCGGCCGACUCGGAGUGGACGCAGCACCGCAAGCUCAUCGACACCCUGGCCAAGGCUAGGCAAGGGCUGGGCCGGAACGCUUUCCGCCGCACGCUGGUGAAGGAGAUGCCCUACUUCCACGUCUGGUUUGAGCUAGACGGCGGGCUUGGCCACGUUGUCGAAGACGAGCACCGUUGGCCGCGCGGCGACCUCUUCGCCCGGGAGGUCAUCGGCGGCAUGUUGGAUCUCGCGCCGGACGUGAUCAAGCGCCAGGGACGCUGGAACCGCGGCGGCGAUCGUCGGGUUGACGGGUUCAGGAAGCGAUGGAGGAAGUUUGACUGGACUAGGGUUUUGGUCGAGGGGUAAUCUAUCAUGUAUAUAUGAUGUUUUUCAUUAAUGAUACUCCGUGCUCCAUCUUAUUCCCUUUUUCGAAGCAAUGCAACUCUAUAGAUUGUCCAAUUUCCAC